AUGAAGUACACACUCCAAACCCUGGCCCUUGCCUCGGCCGCAUCCGCUCGCGUCCUACAGACUAGACAGUCAUCCUGCUGCUUCGGUAUCAACGUCUCUGGUGAUGGCGUUCAGGGUGGCUCGCUGGGUCAGCUCACGGAUGGACAAAACCGCUUCGGUCCUAACCAGUCUGGUGCUACCUACUGCAUUGACGAUGGCAAAAUCACCGACAAGAACGGUAGAGGAUGCAUCUUGACUGGCCCCACCACUCAAUUUCAGUGUGACCAGGGUGCUUCUCCUACUGGAGGCUUCUCUGUUGCUUCCUCUGGUCAGGUCGAGCACGAUGGUGAUGCCACAUUCUACGCUUGCCCCGUCGAUGACAACGGCAACUACAACAUCUACACCAAGCCUCUCGACAACAUGCCCAAGUGUGUCAAGGUCGGCCUGAGCAGUGCUGACGGAACCUGUGCUGCCCCUUCAUCGGCACCUGUGUCUUCCGCUCCUUCAUCUGCUCCCGCCUCGUCCGCCCCUCCUGCUACUACCGCAGUCUCUGUCUCUGUUUCCGUCUCCACCCCCGCUCCCUCUGUCUCCGUCGCUGUUUCUACCGAGCAGUGCCAGCCUUCCACCACCCAGACCCAGACCCAGACUCAGACCCAGCCUCCCGUUACCGAGGAAGUCACUCAGAAGACUACCGUCGAGCAGCCCACCACUAUUGAGCAGCCUACUACCGUUCAGUCUCCUGUCACCGAGACCAAGUCUGUUCAGCAGCCUCCUGCCCCUGUCACUGAGACCAAGGUCUCUUCUUCUCAGCAGCCUUCUGCCACUCCUUCCGGUACCGGAAACUGCCCUCGCGAUCUCCCCGGCAUGGACUCCUACUUGAAGCCUCGCCUGAUCGUCCCCGUCAACAGCAACCAGCCUGAUACCGCCUACGGUACUCAGUACAAUGCUUACGUCGGCAACGGUAACAGCACCAUCUUCAGCUUUGACGUUCCCCAGAGCUACGAGGGCAAGCAGUGCGAGGUGAUUUUCACCUUCCCAACCCAAUCCCAAUUGGAGACCUCUUUCGUCUCCGAGUCCGGCAACGGCGGCAUCGACUUCAAGCAGUUGAAGAGCGCUGCUGAUGAGAAGACCACCUUCAACAACCAGCCUGCCGUCGCCAAGGACUUUGGCGAGAAGGGUGUCUCUACCGGUAACGCCUACACCAUCACCACCGGUGACUGCGCUGUCGGUCAGACCAUCUCAUACGAGCUUACCGCCACUGGCGAUUAUCAAGCCUCGUGGUUCCAGGACUGGAACCCCUGCCCUAUCGGCCUCUGGGUCGUCGCCAACUAG